AUGAGCGACUCGUUAGAUUUUGGUCUUGGCGAUUCACAAUACGUGUUUACAGACCGAGAGCUUAACGAGCUAUUGGGGGUCAUUGAGCAGAAGGCGGCUGGAGCUGAGGCCGAGCUGGACGUGCUGGACUUCUUCCGAACGGAGGGAAAGGAGCCAUUGGCAUUGCAAUUUCAACCACGCUCGCACAAGGACGACGCCUUAGAGCAAAGCGUAACUACAACUGUCAAGCAAGAGGACCUUCCGGUGUCGGCGCUUUCUUCAGCACUGGCAUCCCCUGUCGAGACGCCUGCGCUCCAGCAGAGCGGACAAGAUCAACCGUACUUUUCAAGUAACGCAGCAGAGAUAUCCAUCCUUCCAAUGCCGACCGGGGCAUCACUCCAUGCGUUUGCUUUGCCGGGGACCAUGGUUGGCGCUGGCGCACAUUCCUUUGUUUCAUCGCUGGUAGCACCGCCCCCAGUGGCUCCUACGCAAGCCCAGCUUACUCAGCCGCAACCGCUUGCACAGCUGCUCCCACUGGCCGCGGCUCCCUUACAAUUGGCAAGGCUCCCAUCGUCUGCUGUUAACAGCAGAGUCGUGGAGGUCAAGGGCCAGAUCAGCCAUUCGACGGUGGAGAAGCAGCGGCGAGACCGCAUCAACUCAUUAAUAGACGAGCUGCGGGAGCUGGUCCCCCCACAGUCGCGCUCAAACAACAACGGCGCAACGGGGGAGGGCCUGGAGGCACGACGUCCCAAACAUGUUGUGCUGGCGGAUACAAUUCAGCUUCUGAAGCACUUGCAGCAAAAGCUCCAAGUCACGACGGUAGAUCAGCUCGCCUACAACCACGUCAAUGGCGUCAAGAACCAGGAGGACGAUACAGCCAACUCGGAGGGGAAGAGCAAAGGCUCGUCCAGCCAAGACGAUGUGGAUGUGCUGGGAGCGCCGCAGAUGCCCCACAUUCCCUGCCAGAUGACUCAGAACGCGGGGGUUACGGUGGAGCGGGGCCCGGACUGCUAUUAUGUUCAGGUCAAGUGCCGUGAUCGCAAGGGCCUGCUCUCCGACAUCAUCAACGCGCUGAGGCAACUGCCGCUGGAGAUCCGCACCGCUGCCGUCACGACGACCAACGGCACGGUGCGGGACGUGUUCGAGGUGAAGCUGGACGACGCCUCGUUGACGCCUGAGGACGUGCAGAACCUAGUGCAUGAUGCCCUAUUCCAGCAGCAUGUCGUGGCGUACGACACGUACGCUGGCAAACGGCCGCGAGUCUAA